GUGCGUGUUUUUUAACCGUGACCUAAAUGGAGGGAAUCUAGUUGCACAUAUAUAUUCAAUGGACAACCAAAAAGAGGAGAAUCCAGAGUGUUUAUCUUUUAAGGAAAAACUCAAAAGGUUUCAAAUUCAAGAUGUCCCUUCUGAAAAACCUUCCAGGGGGCUGAAAAAGCCAGAUAAUGUGUAUAACAACGACACAAAAGUGAAAGUGAAAGUACUUCCCACCAGUACAUCAUUAACAGCAGACAAUGGAAAAGAUAAUUAUAACAGAGAACAUUUGUCAUCUGAACAUGUAAGAGUGAGACAGAAGUCACAGUAUAAGGAAGAAAGUGUUGAUAUAUCAUCAGAUUUCAUUGAAACAUCGGAUAACAUCAGCGAUUCAGAUUUCGUCGAAUAUGAGAAAACUGUUGAAAUAUCGUCACUAACAGUAACAGAGAAUAGUGAAUCUGUGAGAGAUAGUGAUUCGGUGAAUGUUGCAAAAGAUGUUGUCAGCCUUCCAAGUAAUGGCGAAAACAUAAAGAAAGGAACAAAUAUUCCGGAAGCGAAUUUCAUAACACAUGUAAAUCAGGGUAUUUUGGUUUCACCGAGAGGCGUGUUACAGCGUCAAUCCAAUGUGACAGAAACAACUGAAACAUUAAGUAAUCCACACUUACAAAGAGAGACGUCUUUACCCCCUUAUCCAACUCCCCCGUACCCCCUUGUGGAUUCUAUAACCGUCCCUCGUUCAGCUUCCGUAGGACCUAUGGUAAACUUCCAGCCUUGUAUUGGCUUUGAAGGUUUUGGAGAGCAUCCAAUGAGCUACACCAGAAGUUCGUCUUUGCAAUGUGCCAGUCAACAUCCACCACAAUACAUGAUCGAACCUAAAAUGCCAAUGCCUGAUCCACAAUACAGCGUCUCAGAUUUAAAUACAGAUUCCUAAUUUUCAUUCUGAAAAAAAAAAAAAGAAUUAUAAUAGGUCGUCAAUAAUUAUUAAAUUUCUCAGUUUUGUUGUGUUGUAAUCAUACGGAGUAGUAAGCUUUGAUUCUAUGACCAGGAAAGGGAUGUACGAGGAAGAAUGAACUGUGGAAAAAAUUAAAACUGAAAAUUUGCAUUUGUUGAGGAAAUAUAAAUCGGGUGGAACUGAAACACUUAUUAAAAUUUUGAAAAGUAUAUGAUUUAUUUUACAUUUUCUUUAUUGUAUUAAUUUAAAUCAUACUUGUACAUUUAUUGGAUACUGUGUUGCAUGUUAAGAUCCCUUUUUCAGUUGGCAAUUAACUAUAUCUUAAGAAAAAACAUUUUAAGAUCUCUUUUAUGAGAUAAAUUGAACAAUCUUUUAUGUUAAGGUUAUGAUUUUCGGUUAAUUUCUAAUUUAGAUAUUAAACAUUGAAAAUCUAUUAAAUAAAAUGAGUUUUUUUUUUCUUGCUCGUAUAUAUUUCUGUUGAACCGUUAUUUACAAUGCAGGCUGUCGGCGGAUAUUUUUCGUAAUUUCCCGAUCUUGAC